AUGAAUGGACAAAAAAUGGGUAGAAUUGAAUUCGAAUUAUACGAUGAAGUAGUCCCAAAGACCGCAGCAAAUUUCAAGGCACUAUGUACUGGUGAAAAAGGCUUUGGUUAUAAAGGCGUUCCAUUCCAUAGAAUCAUUCCAGAUUUCAUGCUCCAAGGUGGAGAUACCGAUUUGUUGAAUGGGUUUGGUGGUAAGUCAAUAUAUGGGAACAGAUUCAACGACGAGAAUUUUGAUAAGAAGCAUGAUAAAGAAGGUUUACUAUCUAUGGCUAAUGCUGGUCCAAAUACUAAUGGGUCUCAAUUUUUCAUCACAACAGUUCCUUGUCCAUGGUUAGAUGGUAAGCAUGUUGUUUUCGGUGAAGUCACAAAGGGUAUGGAGUUAGUGAAGAAGAUAGAAUCCAUGGGAUCCCAAUCUGGUGCACCAAAGGAGAAAAUUGUGAUUGAAGAGUGUGGUGAAGUCAAGAAUGAUUAG